UGUUCCGGCGCGUGUACGCGAUGACAUCAAGUCGUUGCAGUCCACACCCUUUCGCCAUAUUUCCAGAUCAACACACACAGAGAAAGGAGAGUUUAGAAAUUAAUGUUGUUGUGGGCACAGACAUCACCCAGACCGAGUCAUCAGGGAAGAUCGAAAACCUAUACAUUGGAGACACACGGGGAACCAGUAUAAAACACACCAAUUUAAUAUACACGCAGACACGUCCAUCCCUACUCGAUUCCUGUUUAGAGGCAAUACAUCUCUUCUUCAAAGAUGGCAGCUAACAAGCCUAAAGGACAGAACUCCCUGGUUUUACACAAAGUGAUCAUGGUCGGGAGUGGGGGUGUAGGAAAGUCAGCGUUAACGCUCCAGUUCAUGUAUGAUGAGUUUGUGGAAGACUAUGAGCCUACCAAAGCAGACAGCUACAGGAAGAAAGUGGUGCUGGACGGGGAGGAAGUGCAGAUUGACAUUCUGGACACUGCUGGACAGGAGGACUAUGCUGCUAUCAGAGACAACUACUUUAGGAGUGGGGAGGGCUUCCUCUGCGUCUUCUCCAUCACAGAGCUCGAGUCCUUUGCAGCUACGGCAGAUUUUAGAGAGCAGAUCUUGAGAGUGAAGGAGGAUGAAAAUGUCCCUUUCUUGCUGGUGGGCAACAAGUCAGAUUUGGAAGACAAGAGACAGGUCUCUGUGGAAGAAGCUAAAACACGGGCUGAGCAGUGGAGUGUAAACUAUGUGGAAACAUCUGCAAAAACAAGAGCCAAUGUGGACAAGGUGUUCUUUGAUUUAAUGAGAGAGGUCCGCGCACGGAAAAUGGAAGACAGCAAAGAAAAGAAUGGAAAGAAGAAGAGGAAAAGCCUUGCCAGCAGAAUCCGAGAUAGAUGUUGCAUUUUAUAAUGGCAGGGUCACGUCUUCUGUUAUAGGUGUUGCAUUUUAUAAUGGCAGGGUCACGUCUUCUGUUAUAGGUGUUGCAUUUUAUAAUGGCUGGGUCACGUCUUCUGUUAUAGGUGUUGCAUUUUAUAAUGGCAGGGUCACGUCUUCUGUUGCCCUACCAAAGCAACCCAGUAUGUUAGCAGGCCUGUCAAAAGGCACGAUGAAGUGAAUUAACACAUACAGUUUUUUGGGGGGAUACAUUGCUUAAAAAUACACAAAAAAAGCAUAAAUUCGGAACUACGGGAGGCGAAGCCUCCUCAAAAAGGUUUCAUGUGGUGCCAGAAAAGGAUCACAGUGAACAUGUUAUUAUGAAUUCCUUUUUCUCUGACUAGGGGACAUAAUAACACUCUCACAGACCAGGCAAUGUCUUUCUUAUUCACUGGAAACCACAGGACUUCUUUCACACACCAGACUUCUUUUCUGUUUUUUAACAUCUUCUAAUGCCUUGAUUUUUAAAUUGUGAAUGUCAGCAGCAACGUCCUGUGCGCCUUCUGCUAAUCUUAAAUAGCAAACCCUAGUCAGACAUUGCCUUUUUUCCCUCCAUCUUUAGCUCAGUUGACAAUAUCUACAGCUGCUCUAGUAACAAAAAAAGCUAUUGUAAAUAUCUGACUGCCUUAAUUUAACAGAAAACCCUAUGUUGGUAGCGUGAAGUGUGACUAUUUGUAUGCAUAAGAUAUUGUGAAUAGGUGUUUGCAAGUGGUGUCUGUAUGGAUUUCUAAUGUGUGCCAUAUACGAAUAACCUGUGAUCUUUAUUAAGAGAUCUUAGUUACUGUAUUUUACUGGUUUGGUUCUGUUUACAGCGUGUGGACUUAAAAGCACAUUAUGUAGUGCUCUGGAGGGUAUCAGGUCCUCUAGAGAGACUGGGCAUUAAUUAUUUUAAGUAAAGCUUAAUUGAAUCCUAUAAAAAAUAUAUAGACACACAGUGGUUUGCAGAAGUAUUCACCCCCCACCCCCUGCAACGCUUUCCCAUUUUCUUGGCAUCUGAGCGUACUCCACAAUGCUUUCAAAUUAGACUUUACAUGUAGAAUCUACACAAACUACUCCACAUUGAUAAAGUAAAAAAAUCGGUGUAGAGUAUGAAAUAAGUAAAAUUUACAGAGAUUAAUCCCAGCUGCAUAAGUAUUCAAACCACUUGCUACUGCAGCCCAAAAUCAGCUAAGGUGCAGAUGAUUUGUUUGAAAGGUCACACAAUUAGUGAAAUGGUUUUAGCCUGUGUGUAUUCAAAGUGGUUUAACUUGUAGAUAACUUCCUUCCAGACUUUCAAGCUGCGACUCGCAUAGUGAUCCAACUAAGCAACCAUGAAGACCAAAAAGUUUUCAAAACAAGUCAGGGAUAAAGUGGUAGAGAGGCACAGAGCAGGAGAAGGGUACA